AGAUAUUUUAAUAUCAUUGUAUAGAAAACUAGGCUUUUGUAUACAAAGUUCAUAUUUUCUUUUUAGAUAUUUCAACUUUAUCGUCGAAUAGAUAUUUUAAUAAUAUCGUGGUAUAUAUGUUUUGCUGGCGUCGUCGAAAUGGUCAUGACAUGCCUUACCGUUUCUCUUUCUCAAUUAUGGCAAAAAAUAAGCUCUGCUGUUCGAGACUUUAAUUUAUUUCCAUCAACUACACCUUCAACCGAUGAACAUCAACUUCGCAAUCAAAGAAUAUCAACUCGCAUAUUCAUCAUUCUGUUAACUUUAUCAUUAACUGCACUUAUCUCAUAUAUCUCACUUACCAAUGUCACACAAACUAUUUAUAUCAAUUCACCUACUAGCAUACAAUACUCACAACUAUAUGCAACUUAUCCACAAACAUUAACAUGUGCAUGCACACAAGUAUCCAUCAAUUAUGAUAAGUUUCUUCAUGUUAACUAUAAACUACAUCAGAUAUGUACAAGUAUCUUUGUCACUAACUACUGGAUUAGUUAUUUUACUAAUGCUCGUGGAACAGCUACAUUGAAUGGUGAUGACUUUCGAGCGUCAGGUUCAUUUAUAUUUCAAGCUCUAAAUGCAUUUUGCCAAUUAUCUGAUCAAACAAUAUCAAAUCGACUUCUUGAGUUUUAUUCAAGUCAAUAUGUUAGUGCAUUCGUAACACCACUAGAAGUAUUCCAGUCACAAACGCAAGCAAUUGUUUCACAGUUUAUAUCAUCAACGGCUAAUAACUUUAUAUUAUCACUUUUAACAAUAAGAAACACAACUCAAAGUAACAGUUUACUUGCUGGACAACUCACUAACUAUGGGCUUUAUAGACAAAGCAAUAACUAUGUAACUUCAUCUUCUGAUUCGUAUAGUAAUUGUAGUUGUGCAUCUUCAGCAACAUGUAGCUAUCAAUUUCCAAUUUAUGAUUCCAAAAAUAGCAAAGUAAUAUUCACUGUACCAGGCAUA